AUGCCGCCCCAGGCUCUGCUGUCUGUCCUGCUUCUCUGUGUGCUGCUGCUGCAGGCCCAAGGAGGACACCAUAGCCGUAGCCGUAGCCGGAAGAAGAUGCAGACUGUGCCUGAAGUGGAGCUUUCCCCAGAAAUCAAAGUCUGUGAGAAACGGCCUGCAUUUUACCUGUGCAAACGCCUCUGUGAAUCUCACAAAGAAUGUCAAGCGAAUAAUAUAUGCUGUUCAACCUUCUGUGGCAAUGUUUGCCUAAGCACCCUGUGA